CAAAACUUCAGCAUAAAUGAAAAUUCUGGCAGGGCAUUUCAAAGUACAGAUCAGCGUAAGAAAGGACAGAAAAACAGUUAGCAAAAAUGCAGUAUAUUUAAAUACGAAGUCAAGGAUUUUUUCUUCGAUUUUUCCCCCGUCGUUUUAUUAAUUUUCACUUUAGAUUUUCAUUAGUUUCUUGAGAGGUUGCGUUAAAAAUUAACGGCAAAAAUAUGUUUCCAUAAAGGGGGUGAAGUUACGUGGAAAGGAAGCAAGGAAAGGAAAUACAAAUAAGAAAUGAGACACGCUAUCUCUCUCGCUCUCUCGCUCUCUCUCGCUCUCUCUCCCUCUCUCUCUUUCUCUGUCCUCUGAAAGUACCAUUGUGAGCUGUCACUUGGUGUAUGAGUAAUGAAGACGUGAGAGAUCUAUGCCUGUACUGCUGGAUCAGAGAAGAGAUGGCGGGUGUUUUAUGGAUGCUCUUAUUUGUUUUCUGUCCAUUGGUUCUGUCUGAAAGUGGAGAUGAUGAUGGGUCUGAUAAAGAUGUGACCUGCACAUCUACUUUGACCCUCAGGCAGAGUAACCUCACCUGCUCGCUCAACGACGAAUCCACCGAGGAGCUCAUAUUCACCAGUCUCUGCAAAAUGGAAGGUUCUGAAAGAUUUUGCACAAAUACUACUUCUGGACCACGAGACAUUAUCUUUAAGGAUUUGUCCAUUUCAGCAAAAUACGAGCUACAAAUAAGAGACGAUAUUUUUGAAAAUAUCCAACUGUCAAAAAUUGUCAGGAUCCCAGCUCCUGAAAUGAAGCUGGCCACUUACAUGGAAGACACAGAAGAAGUUUUCGUUUGGUUUGAACACAGUCAUGAAUAUGUUAUCCACCCUGAAUUCGAAUUGGAAAUCUGGGGGGACAGACUUGACAAGCCCAUGAGUGCCACUAUAAAUAAUAGGAACUUCACCAUCAGCAGGGGAAAACUUCGUGGUGAUGGUGUUUACUAUACACGUGUUAGAGCAAAGCCUAUAGAUUAUUUUGAUGGCAACUGGAGUGAGUGGAGUUCAAAUGUCAAUUUCACUAUAAAAAGUUCUACCACGGAAAAUAAUCAUGAGCUUUCAAAGGUUGGUUACAUAAUCACCUUCUUCGUCGUUCUGGUACUCAUCAUCGGUUUGGGGACCUUGCGAUGGAGAACACACAUAAAAGACUACAUUACACCAAACAUCCCACACCCAAAGUCAACUCUUGCGCAAAUGCAAAGGGGUCUUCCUUUCACUUUCAGUCCUGAGAUAUUCAGCGAUGUCUUCAUACACCGUGUGGAUUACGUCGAUGAAAAGCCAUCUGCUCCUGAGCUUCAAGAUGGCCUGGAUGAGCACCCCUACAGUCAAGCCAGUUCCUCAAACACAUCAGUGAGUGAAAUGGACAUGAAAGCAGAUGUAUGGGUUCCGAGAGAACAAUCUCACCUUAAAAUAAGACUAUUAGACGAAGCAGAUUUGGUGAAAGAAAGAGAAAAUGUCAGCUCUCAGAGCACAACGGCCCCUUGUCGAGAAUGUAAAGAUGAAGCCUAUGUCACUAUGUCCAGCCUUUUCAAAAUGCAAUGAAGAGAUUAAAUUCCAGUUCACUUGUGAUUUUACAGACCCUUGGUUUGUAUAUUAUAAAAGAUUACCUAAGAUUGUAUAUGAUGCAUUUAAUAACCCAAAAAGCCUGUUACAUAUGUAUGAGGCGCUUUUCCACGUCACUAGUCUUGUCCAGUUUGUAGCUCUGAUGCUAAUCAAGUUUGUAGAUAUCAUAGCAGUGAUCGACGUGUUUCAUUUUCAACCAAGCAUCUUGCACAGCUGUGGUCUCCAUUUUGGUAGCCAACUUCCUUCUGAAUGUUUCAGAAACCCAGGCAUUAAGAGUGAUAAGAAAUAGAGAAAUCACACAUAUACCCAAACCUCAUGUAACUGCUGCUAGCCUCAGUAUCCUCUGCCAGACAUUUAUCCACGUGUAUCUUCAUCUGUAAAUAUACCUGAGUAAAGCUGAGAGGUUGACAGAGGUUCUGUUAACCUCACGCACAACUUUCAAACACAGUACAGUGGCACUUUUUCUGUAAUUAUAGGAUUUAUUUAUAAUGGUCAGAAGAAAUAUAUUAUGUGUGUGUGUGUGUGUGUGUAUAUAUAUAUAU